AGAGAGAGAGUUGGUGCAGGCCCACCUGGCUUUACAGAUUGAAAGAGAAAGAAGAGAAGUAGCUAUCUAGCAAGCUAUGGCACGCAGAAGAAGACUAUAUAAAUAGCCAUAGUUUCCUUGCAAAGUUUCUUCAUCAAUGUAUUGAUCUGCAGCGCCGUAGCCAAAUAUAAAAGAAAAAAGAAAAGUUUUAAGAGUGAUUAUCAAAGAGAAGUAUUAAUUAUUGUAUUAUAAGUUUGGAUGCAGAGGGACAGGGAUCCGCUGGUUGUGGGACGUGUAGUUGGGGACGUCUUGGACCCAUUCACAAGGUCUAUCGACCUUAGAGUUGGCUUCACCUGUAGGGAAGUCACCAAUGGCUGUGAGUUCAGGCCUUCUCAGGUGGUCAACCAGCCUAGGGUUGACAUUGGAGGCGAUGACCUCAGGACCUUUUACACUCUUGUUAUGGUGGACCCUGAUGCUCCCAGCCCAAGUGACCCAAGCCUAAGGGAAUACUUGCAUUGCAACAUGUUUCUUCGAUGGAUUCCUAGGUUGGUGACUGAUAUUCCAGCAACCACAAGCGCAAACUUUGGACAAGAAGUGGUGUGCUACGAGAGCCCCCGGCCAUCAAUGGGGAUUCAUCGCUUUGUCUUUGUGUUGUUCCGGCAGCUGGGCAGGCAGACGGUCUAUGCUCCGGGGUGGCGCCAGAAUUUCAACACCAGGGAGUUUGCCGAGCUUUACAACCUCGGCUUGCCGGUGGCUGCCGUGUAUUUUAACUGCCAGAGGGAGAGCGGCUCCGGCGGGCGGAGGCGAUGAUCGGAGCCACCCAGGGCCGAUCUCUCUAACUAGCUAUCAGUUCAUGCUAAUAAUUAAUUAGUAUUAAUUGGAUGCAGAACUGAUAUAAUAUAUAUAUAUAUAUAUAUAGACCCCUGAAAAAGAUAGAAACUAUAUAUGUGUUUCUGUAAGAUAAAUAGAAGCCAUAUAUGUACACUAAUUAUAUAAAUGUAUUUCUUUCAAUUAA